GUUGUUUUCGCCGCGAAAAAUCAACAGCUCUACUUCAGAGCGGUUGACAUUUAUUGAAGAUAUGUCUAAUAAAAAGCAGUUCUUAUUGGACUAAGCUGGACUAAGUGGCACAGCUGAGUGGAUAGAAGGUUUACCCGUACGCGUGCGGUGUGCUGUGGUAGAAUGCGCCGGAGAACCGCGGCUGUAAGUGUGGAAGUGAAGCAGGUGAUCGGAGCUCUGUGCAGACUGCUGGCGGCCGCCGGCCUGGAACCUGUCCCGCCACCGGACAACUUCCGGCGGGCUAAGUUCGGCGGGGGACCCGAGGUGGAGGACCAGUUCUGGCAGCUUCUCACCAGCUUCAUUCAGACAUCUAGCUUUGUCUCCCAGGAAGCCGCUGCACAGACAGGAGGAGCUGGAGAGAACAGAAAGCUGGUGGAGGCAGGCCUCUGGCAGACUGGCUACCAUGCAGACUGGAUGUAUGCAAGUUGGGGAGGAAGAGGAGGAGAGGAGCAAGGGAGAGUAUGUAGCAGAGACCUCCUCCUGGCACUGGGUUGGCUUCUCGCGACAGGAAAACUGGAGGAGCUGCUAACCUGGCGAGUGCAGCGGCUGGACAAGACCCUGCUCACGCCUCCACCUGUUAACCCUCAGCUCCCCAACAAGCUUCCGUCAGAUUCUGCAUCUCUGAGGAAACUACACUGGCUCAUUGGUUGCCUGAGAUGCCAGGGGCGGACCCUGCUUUCCAUGCAAGAGGAGCGGACUCACUUGCUCCACGCUGUUUUCUUUGCCAGGAUUGCCUCUUCUGUACCCUCCUCCUCCUCCUCUGAUCAAAGCUCAGCUGUGCUAAGGGAGGACUGUGUUUGUGUGCAGCAGCUCUGUGACCUCCUAGAAGCAUAUCUGAACUGGAAACGGGUGGAGAAAGUCUUCUGGACCUGGAUGGACAGUGUGUUGGAUUGCCAUCUGACGGAUGCUGUCAUCAAGAAGUCUACACACGAUGCACCCAAUGGGAGCGCAAGAGUGUGUCGUCACGGAAACCAGGGACUGGGGAAAUUGGAGGAGAUGCUGUUGAGGCUGCCUCCAGGACAGAAAGGCCAGAGGAGAGGCAGAGGGGAUGCUGAGGACGGAGGAGGAAGGAGGAGGUCGCAGGGUGGAUCGGACACCUCUUGCCUCCCUCCUCUUCUCUCCUCUCUCUGCUGCCAGCCCUCCCUCUCCCAAGUCUACCGAGCCAGGCUCCAGACCGGGAGGCCAGUUCGACACAGCAGUCAGCCAGCAGAGGGACCUGGCGGCGGGACCGAGACUCCGGACGAGCUCCCAGCGUCUCAGGCUGCCCAGCUGCUGCUCCAGACAGAGGCUCUGCUGCUGGAGAGGCGGGACAGGCAGAGACUGGCGAAUAGGACCCAGCUGCAGGAGAUGAUUGGCAGGCUGGACGAACUGGUCUUAAUACCACCGCAGACUUUUAUUUAAUCCUCAAAAUGCUCAUUUACUAAUUCAGAAAAUAAACACUAUAUGGAUUUUCA